CGUUGACGCGAUCGGUGAUGUGAGGUGGCCCCCGCCGCUGCCGCUCUCGCGCGUAUCACGCGCUAGUUUCGCGAACACAAGCGCCAGUUGAAGGCUCAAAAGCCUUCGAGCCGGCAAGACGCCGUCCACCGUGGAUUUAAGGUACGGCGCCAUGGCGGCGACCACGUACAUGCCGGGGGAGUUGGACCUGGGUACCCUGGGCGGGUAUCACGCGGCGUCCCCCCGCAGCGCGGAACCCGCGGAUAUGAAGUACCAGCAUCACCUGCAGGCGGGAGGCUCGCCCUCGCCGGGAGCGCCCGUGCUCAACCCGUGGGCUUCGCUGCCGCCCGCGGACCCCUGGGCGGUGCACCAGCACCACGCGCACGCUCACCAGCCGGACGUGAAGCCGCCGCCGGGCGGCCACGACGCGCGCCACCAGCCGCACCACGCGCACCACCACCAUGCUCACGGCUGGCACGCGCCCGUCGUGUCCGCGCACUACGGCGCCGGCUCCCCGGUGCCGCUGCACGCCGGCUACCCGGUGCCCAUGCACCAGCAUCACAUGCUCAGAGACGUGCAGCCGUCCCCGCAUCUGCACCACCACGCGCUCGACAGAGACGCGCCUGAAGAAGAUACCCCGACCAGUGACGAUUUGGAAGCCUUCGCGAAACAGUUUAAACAACGUCGUAUAAAACUUGGCUUUACACAGGCGGACGUAGGCCUCGCGCUGGGCACGCUAUACGGAAACGUGUUCUCACAGACCACAAUCUGCCGUUUUGAGGCAUUGCAGCUCAGCUUCAAAAACAUGUGCAAACUGAAGCCUCUGUUACAAAAGUGGUUAGAAGAAGCGGAUUCGACGACAGGCAGUCCGACAAGUAUCGAUAAGAUAGCGGCACAGGGUCGCAAGCGCAAGAAGCGCACGUCGAUCGAAGUGUCAGUGAAAGGAGCGUUAGAGCAGCACUUCCACAAGCAGCCGAAGCCGUCCGCGCAGGAGAUCACGUCGCUGGCGGACAGCCUACAGCUGGAGAAGGAGGUGGUGCGUGUGUGGUUCUGCAAUCGGCGGCAGAAGGAGAAGCGGAUGACGCCGCCGAACACGCUGGGCGGCGAGCUGCUGGACGGCAUGGGGCACGCGCACUACGCGCAUGGCGAUGGGCUGGCGCACGGCUCGCCGCUGCAGCACGCGCAUAGCCCGCCGGGACUGUCGCCGCAGCAUGCGCACCACCACUCGCUGCCGCAGGGCGCGCACACGUUGGCCGCGCACUAACAGUUCGCCCCGUGGGCGCCGCCGCGCCCCUACUACGCCGAGCACUAGCCGCGUUGCCCGCGGGAGCCGUGUACAUACCGCCGCGGCCUGGACGUGCCGCGGCUGCCGCCGGGGCCCGUGUACAUAGCCGAGGGCCCCCCGGCACAGUGACUGUGGACCGAACGAUCGCUUUCAGUUGUUCUUUAUAGUUUCGUCGAAGUGAAGUCAUUAAUUAAUUAUGUGAGUAAUGUUAAGAUGGAAGCCAGUAAUCGUUUAACUUGGUGUCGCGCCGAGGUUCGUCCGGAGUGCCGCCAGUGAUCACCGAUAUGUUUAGCUAGAUAGUCUAAUUGAUACUAAGAGCUUACCGCGAGGAGCCCGGCGCGCGCCUCGCCGGCCCGGUCCGGCUGGAUCAGGGUAAGUACCCGGUACGGUUCGGUACGGCACCGCCCGGCAGGGCCGGCCCGGCGAGACCGCCUUGCGCCAUUCACUUUUGUAAAGGACGAUUUCAUCGAAUUUAUUUAUAGAUAUUAUAAAUUAACGAUGUUCAUACAUGCCUACCUUUCAGUAGGGAGUCAUUGUGGUGUGUGGAUUACAUUUAAAUUGUUGCUAUUACUGUAAAUUUAUGAUUAGUGAUGAGGACGAGAGUAAAAAAUACGAAUCGGGUGGAAGCUUCGUUUUGUAAAGAAUCCGAGUGAGUCAAUAGGUGCAAUUUUGUUUUAGUGUUAAAUAAAACGAGCGGCGCGCGCCGCGGCCUAGGUCCCACGCAUAAUUUAUUAAAAAAAUAUUAUUAAAAGGAUGCAGACACGAUGCCAAAAUGGUUUUAUUCCUGUUUUUUACUUGUUUUGUUGUUUUUUUCGUUUGUAUGUAUUUGUGGCCAACCUUGGUACUUAAUACUUGUAAAAAUAGGUAUUUUUUCUAUAUAAAAUAAUGUACCUACGACGUAUAUGAUGAUAUAUAUUAAAAAAGUUCUUUAUAGAAAUGGAAAGAUGGAAA